AUGUGUCGCGACUUAGCUAGAGCUCGUGCCCAGGUCGUACAUCCAGAGUGGAUCAAGUCAGCUAUCUCGCAGAAUUGUUCUUACCUAGAAAUCUCUGCAUAUGUGCUUAAUGACCUCGUCGACGAAGGCGAAAUCCCACCUUACGCCGAAGAACCUGCCUCUACUCGCUUGUCUCGCGCUGGAUCUCGCAACCACGCUCGCGCCACCGACGCUGCCCAAGACAACAAACAGAAGCGACGACACAGCGCUAUCGACUUCUCUUUCUCCGCUCUGGAUCGUCGCCCCAGCAAGAAAGCUCGCAUCAAAACUCCCGAAAAGGACGACACCUCUGUGUACUCACUUACGAUAUCUUCGUCGCCGUCUUCUUCGACUUCCGAGCAGUCCGUCAUACGCCUCGUACAAGAACGCCCUCGCCCGCAAAUGAAGCUCCCGCGCCUCUCGAAGCAGUACAACCCCGUCGAGCUGUUUGAACGUCGAAUCACCCGACAAAUCAUGCCUGGCGGUGUACGACCCAAGUAA